GCCUGUCUCCGGCGCUGCGCUUUAAAUAGCAGCUGUUUAAAAGCUCCCCACCAUCCUCCUGUCCGCCGUGCAGCACUCAGCCCCUCUCAGCACCGCAGCAGACCCCCCAGUCAUUCACACAUUUCUUUAACAAAGCAGCAGUCUUCACAAACCGCAAUGUCGGCCGCCAGCACCGAGACCAGCGCCCCGCUGCCUACCGCCGGGAGCCGGGUCUUCUUUCAAGCUGCAAACGGCGUGGGCUGCGUGGGGUCGAGCCCCAUCACCGGAGACGACCCGGUGCAGAAGAAACAAGGCAAAGUGACGGUGAAGUACGACAGGAAAGAGCUGCGGAAAAGACUCGUGUUGGAGGAGUGGAUCAUCGAGCAGCUCAGCGAGUUGUACGACUGUGAGGUGAGUGGAGACACGCGCAAAUGUCACGUAUGUUCAUGUGGAGGGACGGAGGGUCGGGCAGGCCACAAGCAGAGCUUAAACGAUGUGGAAAAAAAGUUGAAUUUGCCCUCCUAACCUUUUAUUACAAAUUUAAAAUGGCAAAAACAUUAGGUUUCUACAAAUGUAGUCUAAUUUUAAACAACUUUGGUCUAGUUGCUACGUGCCUCGAGGUGCAUCAUCUGGAUCUAAAACUGUGGCUUGUCCGUGAUUUACAACGUUUAAAUCAUCCUUCUUUUUACUGCUAAGGUAGCACACAUCGGUCCCCUGAAUUUCCAGUUAAACAGUCUAUAAAUUCAGGUUUACUGUAGCCUCUUUGUCCUCUGCAGCUGUGAUACCUGCUGGUUUCGGUGUGAGGCAAGAAUAGCAGCAGAGGUGUUAAGGCGACACAAAAGCUGUCUGGUGUAAUAACGUGGCUGUUUGCUGGACUGUUGUUCACUCUGACUUUGACGCGCUGUGAUGUCUCCUCUUUCAUCCUAUUUGUCGUUCAGGCACAGAGAAAGAGAGGAGAUGGUUGGUUUUGCAAAGUAGGUGCGAGAGAAACCGCGCGGUUGCGCCUAUUACGCACAGAUCACGUCGUUGUUUUAUGACCUUUUUGAAGAAGCUGCGUCCAUUCUUCUGUGAAAUUAUCAUUUUAUUCCUUGUAUCUGAGGUGCAUUUUAGUGGUACUAUAUAAGGCGCUUUGUUAGUGUGUCUGUGGUUGUUGCCUACAGCGAAAAUUCACCAAAGUGAAUUAAUUCUUCGCGCGUUUCUGUGGCAAAUUUCUGAACUUUUCAACCCUCUCCACCUUUCAAAGGAGGAUCUGUCGCCAGACAAUAUCGACUACCUGAUUACUGUGCGCUCUCACGUUCACAAGCCGCAUUCUCUAACACAUUAAAGGCUUCAUCGCUGGUUGGUUGCGUGCGUUAAGGAAGAAGUGUGCGCAAAGAAGGGGAGCAUAGAGGAUGCAGAGAAACCCUCCAUGGAUGAUGUGCAAGUCCCCCUGUUUGUGUAGCUUGUGUGUGUAUGUGCCCACUGCCGCACACAGUAUGCUGCCAUGUCGAGCCAAUAAGGGGGAGGGGAUGCACCAAGGGGAGCAGAGGAAAGAAGGGCAGUGGGUUAAGGAUGUGCUGAUGCUGUGACUCUCCUCGCCAGCCAAUCACCUUCUCUGGCUCUGACCCCCUUCUUUGCAACAGAGGGUCUACAUAAACUCACACAUGCUGCAUGCACAUACACACACUAGAAGCAUACAGUAUGUCUGCCACUUAGCUCAGCCAAUCAGGAAAGAAGCAGCCUGUGUGCGCGUGCAGUCACACGUGCACACAGGGACCUGUCAGACGGCACUGAGGGGUUUCAUUUGAGUAUGAGGGUGUGUGGGAAUCGGUUGGUGUGUAUGUGUGAUUAUUUAUUCAUGCGUUCGGCUUUGCAGCGUCUCUAAGGUUGACGGCAUCUCAUGCGCAUGUGCAGAGGGGAAACACCUGCACAAAUCACAGCAGGGCUUUAAAUGUCAACAACAAAGCAGUGUUUUCUGGCUGUUGGUCCCUCUGCUAAUAGAUCAUUGCAAUGCAAAUGUUUUGUCCUAUACAGGGAAAUGACUUGAUUUGAAGCCAUUAGGAGCUCUCAUCGCUUCAAAACUUUAUUAACGAUGCAUCUUUUUUGCAGCCAUAAGAUGCUGUUUUUUUUUUUGUUUGUUUUUUACUGUUGCCAUCCCAGGUGAAAGAGUAGGAAACCCUGAGUAAACUUGGGGGACUUUUUUUUAGACUUUCUUAGACAGACAAACAUGGUUUAGUAAACAAAGACGGUAGGCUUAACCGUUUUUUUUCACUUAUUGUAUUGUUCUGAGAAUAGAGAGUUUUAAAAUGUUAAGAUUUUUAGUUGUAUAAAUGUGUGCGUUGUAGAUGCAAAAUCAUGGGUCAUUGCUUUUCACAAUUGUGAUGCCAAUGCAAGGAUUAAUCGGGGAAAAUAAUUUAUGCCAUUAUCGAGCAGCCCUGGUACUGGGUUUACAUUUCAAAGCCAGCUCAGCUCUUGGCUGAAUGUCAACCCACUGUCAGCAGGUGCUCUUCAUCUACAAGUUGUGUGAUGUUUCUCCCCCAUGCAAAUCGACUGAGAGUCUUUUUCAAUGUUUUGAUGAAACAUGAAAGGUUGGAGGGCGGUGAACCAGAGCUGAUCCCAAGGAGUCACAACAUGGUCAUGCGGCGAUUCCUGUUUGAUUUGUGUAAUGCAAAUGUAUAUUUAAUUUAUGAGUUAAAAAAACAAAUACCAUGACCCAGAAAAGUACUGAUGUCUGUUUAAACCUUGUCUGAGGUAUCCCUUUGUCCUUGACUUCAGUCUUGUGAUAAGCAGUAUUAUACCUCCCCAUAUUAUAUCUAUGGGAUAUGAUAUCACAUGAUAAUCGCUUGGUAAGUCUGAUAUCAUACCGGCGGCAGGAAUAAGCAGUUUUGUCUGCUGGUUAAAAGAAGCUAUAGCAGGCUUUUAGAGAACAGUGCAUCAUUAUUAUUUUGAUGGCCUGUCACUUUGGUACAUUAUUAAGGCUUAACCUUCAUCUGUGCAUCAGUACUCUCACCCAUGAAUAGAUAGAUGAUGGCAAUGUUUGAGCAGGUGCGCUCAAACUGCUGUGCUGAUGAUGUCUCCUGUCACAUGACUGUAAUAAGGAAGUUACAAACUCCUGAUGGCUGUUAACACCUACAUGUUUAGACAGAAGACAGACACAGGUGUGUAUAUUGUGUGGCGGCUGUGUGUCUGUGUGUGUAGGAGGGAAAGUGACCGCUGAUUUGGCUGUGAUGGUUUGACUUAAAGGUCAGCCGCUGUAUCAGUUUCAUAGGAAAACCUGAUACUAGAGGACAUAACUGUGUGUGUGUGUGUGUGUGUGUGUGUUUGUGUUGAGGCAGGGGGGCUGUUGAAGAGUAAGGAAGCGUAGGUUGGGUUAAUUCAGUGAAAUUGGAUUUUGUUUUCAAUGACAGGUAGAGUAUGGGAAAUUUUUCAGUUAUUCCUGUCCUUGGUGUCCUGUGAGGUCGGUUGAAAAACCUUAAAGCUUGCUGGAUGCCAAACAAGGAGUCUAAAAAAGGCCAAGUGUCAGCUGCAUGAACAGGAAAUGAUGCAAAAGAUGAACAACUUGUGAUACAGAACCAUCUGUGUUGGUAGAGCAAGCGCUUCGUGUACAGUGGAUAAAGCCCUACUGCACUGGUUUUAAGUAGAUCCUUGGUCUUGGGCCGUACUUGGUGCAUGUCAUUUUCCUCUCACCUGCCCCACAUUUCUUAUCUCUGUAAAGCUAUCCUAUCAAAAUUAACUCCACCAUAAAUAGAUAAAUAUCGAAGACUUUGUAGGUUCUCAAUCAUCCAGGUCUUGGUAAUCCAAAGCUAGAUCCAAAGGGGCAACUAGACUCCAACUAAGCCAAGAUGUGAUAACUAAUUCCACUCUGAGAGUGGGGUCCAAAUUCAUGGUUUGCAUCCUUCAAGAGGCACACUUGACAAUCCUAUUGUGUCAAAGGUGGUCUUGUUACAAAAACUCUGUCAAAUGUGUCGCACACAUGCUUCUUACUUUUUUCAGGAAUUACAGGAUUUGUCGGGCCUAGAAAAUUGAAACAUGGCCUACUUUGUAGUCCAACAUCAGCAUAAUCAUGGAUCAAGAAGUGGCACUUUGUGAUGCAAAUGUAAGGUUGGGGACUUUUUAAAUGUACAAUGGGACGACCUCAUCUUCUGCCCCUUCAUCUUCUUUCAUAGUUUUAUUUACGACCCAGCUUCAAAGCAGUUUCAGUCAGACUUACAUAUAUGUUUAGAUGUACUUUAGGAGUCCAGUUUCAUUGGGCCAACUCACUAAAUUGAUUAUUGAAUAGCAUGCAAAUGUAUUGAUCAUCAAACCUUGAAACAUGAAGCAUUAACCAACAAACAAAUCACUAGUAUUCAAUACAGUGUAUUCUUCUUAACUCUUCAUCUCCAUCUUUAUUUCAUAAAAAUUUCCUUAAAUGUGUUAAAUGUACAUUUUCUUUAGCCCUGGUCUCUCUCCUCCAUUCCCUUCUCUGCUCUCUGGUUGAUAGGAUAACAGAAGGUGAGAUCUGUCAGAGAUGGAUUUCCCCCCGUUCUCCUGGGAUAUGUUUCCACUGUUCAAUUCAGUGCUCAAAGGACAAAGCGGAGAAAGAGGAGAGAGGAGGGGUGACUUGAAGAGAGGAAAAGAGAGGGACCUAAGUGCUCCCAGCACGGUUCUUCGUACAGCAAAAGCCUUGGCUGCAGCCUCGUACUUUCUCCUCAUCAUUUCUGUCAUAUUUUUGUUUGUGAAAGCCAUUGCUCAGAGUUAUUUUCUUUCUCCAACUCAAGAGUAUCAUCUAGAGAUUAUCUAGUAAUUAAAUGUUUGGAUAAAAGCAGCCAUGUUAUUUUGCGUCCUUGAGUCCCGUGGGUUUUAUGUGAACUGCAGGAUAAGUUAAGACUUACCUUUUUUUUGUUCACCCUCUGGCCAACCCUUUGAAAUUAGUAAAAAAGAACAACUCAAACAUUUAGGAUCCCAUGAAGAGGGACUGAACCAGACUGUACUGGAUUAAUGCUGAGGUCAAGUCUGGGUGUUUAGAAGUCAGAAUGUGUCAGCACAGUGAUUAGUCCAUCCGUCUGAGAGCACCUCAACACAAUCAAUGGAGGCUGCUGGGAAAAGUCCUGUACUCUGCGUUCGUGUGAGAGGAUCGUCCUGACAGAGACUGAUGGGGUAGUAAAUCCGCUGUAGGUCUGCACACUCUGCAGUUGUGUGUAUGUGUGUUGUUGGGGUGCAUGCUGCAGAAAGAACUGGCCUACUUUUUCAUGGCUGGCCGUCAAUAGAGCCCCAUUCAGUGAGGCUUAUUCAUGUGUACAAGCUCAGACACUGCCGACAUGCAGCGCUCUGCCCCUGGGCCAUGUGUGUGUGUCUGUGUGUGUGUGUGUUCAUGUCUGUGUGUAUGGGUGUUUAAGGAUGUGUGUUUCUGGUCCUACAUGUUUUUCUUUUUGGGUCGAUGAUACUCCGCUGCUCUGUGGCAGAUUUGGGGUAGUGAGUGUUCUUGGGUAGUUUUCCAUGAAUGAAUGAGCAUGAAUCUUACACACACACACACACACACACACACACACACACACACACACACACACACACACACACACACACACACACACGCACACACAGGUCAGCGUACAUAUUGGACCAAAUGGAGCACAGAGAUUGAGGAGAUGGAGCAUCUUCUCAUGGAUAAUACCAUCUCUUCCAUCCUCUGCUCUCCUUCCUCCAGGAUAAACAUCACAAAGAGAUAGGGGGUUUGUGUAGGAGGGCUUCCCCUUGGCGGUUUUUGUGAAUUGUGUGUGUAUAUCCUGCAAGGACAAAGACAAACUAGUGUGGUUGCUCUUUUACCCCAAGAAUCUACACCAUCCUCUGCUUCACAAUGAGGAGAAUCUUAAUCUCUUUCUGCUGGCAUUAUUAGUCCCUCCUUCAACCCCACCCCCCGGCUUGUUUUCCUGUGACCUUGUCAAUAACAUUCACCCUUUGCUCUCCUUUCAUAGUGUUCUUGCUGGGAAUGUAUCAUGUGAACCUCACAGAGCAGCAGAGGAUGAGUAAACAGUGCAAUUCAAGCCAAGUCAUUAGUGGUGUUCAAUAGCUUUAUAGAUAGCACGCUGGAUAAACACACACAGAUAUUGACACACAAAAAAACAGAGAUAGUGGAUACUCUGUUGACACAAUGCUGCAGGUACAUGUGAGAGUGUGAUUGUCAUCAUUCAAUAGUGCAUCACAGUUUGGUUUGGAUUCAGCUUAAUGAUCAUUUGAGCACAUUUCAGCCUGACUGAUGACAGAGAGUGACGCUUGAUUAUUGAUUUGGUUGUUUAUAUAAAGAGGAGAACAGAGAGAUGGACUAACGCUUACUAAAUUGUAGAUCCAUUUCAGAAAUGUACCAGUUCAACUGUUUAAGUCCAUAUGCAGGUACCAAUCCUGAUAAUAAUACCAAUAUUGGUACCAAUACCCAUACUUAUACUGAUGCUGAUUCUCAUGGCUGGAGUUUGAGUAUCACCAAUACCAGGCACAGAUAUGACUGCGGUGUCAGAUUAACAAUCUGUUUUUCUCUGGAUAAGAAGAGCAAAUUAGGCUAGGGUACCAACCCUGAUGUUUUCAUGUUGCUAGAUUGUCUCAAGAUGACAUUCACUUCGGGCCAUGAGAUGUGCCACUGAUGAAGCAAAUCAAAUUACUGCUUAAGUUUGGGGAAAGCAGUCUCAAACACAUACACAAAAAUAUAUAAGUAAGUGAGUAAUGUGUGUGUGUGUGUAUAUAAACUUUACUGUUGACAACGUUGGCUAAAAAAGUGUGAAGUAUAGGCAGCAAACUCUGGACUUGAAACAUGAUGCCAUUGCACCACCUGCCUCAACCUCACCUCUUUGUCUCUGGUUAGAUUGAUAAAUAAUUGGGCUGAGUCAGCAUUACUAAUAGAAUGACUACCAUCACUGUGUUUCAAAACUUUUCCAUAGAAACUAAUUUGCAACAUCACAAAGACUACGUCAUGUUUUAUGCAGUCCAUAGUAACACAUUAAAAUAGAUUAGCCUUAGCUUCCCUCUUGCUUUAUUGGCUCUGUGAAGGAAGAUGCCCCAACGUACUGGCCCAAACCGAUGACACAUGACAUAAUAUGUGCACGUCAUUACAGUUAACCCAGUACAACACAGUAAUUAAUUUAAUGGAUCUGCCUAAUGGCCCACUGUCAUGUCUACUUGAUCCAGAUAUUUGAGUAGUAUUGCACUAAUAUACACGAUCAGGAUCCAAUUGGUGUGACCCAUGGUUUAAAUUGUUAGAGACGGAUACAAAGAACAUAGACAAAGAGCCAUCCAAUACUUGUGUCAUGCAGCAGAGGUUCAGGGUUGGAGACAUAUUGGGGUUACCACUUUGAGGACCAUAGUCUCUGUACAUGUGGCGCUCGAUUUAACCACUAAGCUAAAUUGACUUCAUCUCUAAAUCUAUUUUUACAUGAAUCCAGCAUGUGUAGAAAUGAACCCACUUAAAAAAAAAAGGACGAAUGAGAGCUAGAGGGGAGUGAUGCUGUAGGGCAGUGUGGGAAUUAUACAAAGUCCACAAUGAUCUUUAUUAAUUUAUUGAUUACAGCCUGGCAGACAGAUUCACCCACAGUGAGGCUUAGACAGUCAAUCUGGUGUUUGUUUUGAUGGCUGACCCUGAUGUGUUUAUGGAUCCAUCAGGAAGGUCAUUGUCGUGUUUGUUUUCUGUGUUCGGAGAGGCCGACAUUUAUCUCUCCUCCGUUUAAAUUGCACACACCAAAAAUAAACACUUGUUAAGCAUCUGUGUUCGGGGUCCGCGUUGACACAUUUCAUGUUGCACCUGCAGUCACAUUCAUCCGCUGCUAAACAAAUCAGAUGUGUUGAAAGGAUUGGGCCUUUUAGCGAGCAGAUAGCUACCAGCUGUUGAAAUGGUUAUAAACACACACGCUGAAAAAAAGGUGUCAAGUAUCUUAAAAGCAAAAGAGGGAUCAGAGGUCGAAAUGUGUUUGUUCCCUUUCCUGUCAUCUCUCUCAGUACUGAACUCCCUGCACUCUCCUCUACUCCCUCAUCUCUUCGUAUGACCCACAGGGACACCCACUCACCUACCACUUUUUAUCCUCCUCUGUUUCCUCCUCCCAAAGAUUCACCUUUGAGCGUUUUGUUCCUCUGCCAUCUCAGUGGCUUUCACGUACUGUACAUGCAGAUUAGCCAUUUUAUGCCUGUGGUUCACUCCUCUAAUCACAUGCACCUUCCAAGCAUGUAAAAAGGCUUAAUUGCUACACCGGUAAUAUUAACCUUGCCAAGGAGGAUGAAUGCUGCUGAAGUACUCAGUGCAAAAACACAUCAUUGCACCAACAUGAAAUAAAUCCUAUUAGCAUGUGAUUUGCAAUAAUCCAGAAAAAGGAAAGAAGGAAACAAGAGUUAACGAAACCUGUGAUUAGGAAUGGCCGAUAAAUUAUUGUUCAUGAUAUAUUAUCAGAAAAAUCCUACGCGAUAUAUAUAUUUGCUAUCUCAUGAUAAAUAGGAUAACACAAGUUGACAACGUUAGCCAUAGCCCACACAGAUCAGAAUAACAAACAAAUAUGGCAGAAGGUAAUGAAGAAGACGUUUCUGAGCAGCUUGUUACUGAACGAGGCUCCACAUGAGGGAUUUCCUUAAAGAUCAGGGCUUAGGUGGGCGCAAUCAGGUAUGCUUGACAUUGGACAGUGGAUCUGCUGCUGUUCACUGUGAAAUAAGAGUUUUCAACAAACGUAAAAAAUGUUUUCACAUUUAAUACUUGUUUGGUUUCAUUAGUUUUCUCCAUAAACUACCACUUAAACUUGUGGUUAAGUAUCUUAUUUGACUGUUCCAUUUGGUGUUCUCAAGACAAAAUGAGUCAAAAAUAGAGAUUGGAAUUAUAAUAUUUUUAUUGGGACUUUUAUUGUUAUCGCCAGAGUUGCAAAUCUUAUCGUGAUAAAUUUUUUACCCAUAUCACCCGUCCAUACCUGCGAUUAAGUUGAAGAAAAAUGGGAAAUGAAAGUUUUACUUUUAACAAUUUUAUUCUAUAAGUCAGUCACUUCCUAUUUUUCUCUGUGUUUCCACUAUUACCCUUGAAUGCAGUGCUUAUGGGCUCAGCUGUUAUCCUAUAACACAGUCAUGGUGGUUUUUCCUUUUAUUCUAACUCCACAGAGGAAUAUUAGUACAUCCACUGCAGAGAAGAAAAAAAUGAAGAUUGGCAACAAAAAAAAAGAUUCAAAAAAGAAAACCGUGCAGGGGAGGCUGAAGUAGCAGCUGUGAAAAUACAAAACUUAAUGGUACAAGAAUAUAAGACCUUAAUAUAGUGAGGGUAAUUAUAGCAGUCUCUCCCCACAUAUAAGGGAUAGCCUGGCGGGCCACCCAAGUAUAUUAUCUGACCUUUUUUACAUGUUUCCUUAUCUAUUCUUAAAAAAUUGCCUUACACAGUCAGACAGUGGCUUCUGUCUGCUCCUGGAGUUUGAUAACCUGCAGAGCCUGACACAUGCCCUGCAAAUGAUCAGCGAAAAGAGAAGGUCUGACAGUAAAUCCCCUCUGUUAAUACACUGAUUAAACUGGGAUGUCAAAUAUAAAUCUCCCUGCACCACUAUAUUCAAAGUUAUGUGCUGUUGGUCUCUGCCAAACUCGUUCUGCAAAAGCUGACGUUUGGAUUGAUGCAAAAUGCCAGGUAUUGUCAGAAAAUCAGAUUUACACAGAAAAGCUAAGAGAAACAAAAGAAAGUAGGGCAGGACACUGUCACUGUAUUUGUGUGCAAGAAGGAAGGUAACUCAACUGAAAGACAAAAUGAGUUGAGCAAAUUUAAGUUGUCUGUAAACACACACUAAAAUAAUUUGGACGAUAAAGCAUGAUUAGAAUUAAAACUAGGGCUGUCACGAUACUCACCUCAUGGUUAUGCUGGCCAUAAAAUAUGGUGAUAAUGAUAUUGCAAUAUUGGGGUAAAAUUUUAAAAUAAGACAACACAGUUACCCAAAUUGAGAAAAGGAAGACAAAAAAGACAUUACUUUGUAACGUAAUUAAUAAACUCAGUGACCUUGCAGUUCAUAAUUCAUUUACAAUACCUACCAAAUUUAUCCUCAUCACUAUAGCUAGACCUGCAAUCAAAACUUUCUCAGAGAAGAUAUUGCAUCAUUGAUUGAAUGGUCAUCAUGCUCUUAUUUUCACAUUUUUCUGUUUUGUGUUUAAGUUACUCUAAUCCAGUUAAAGUUAAGGUUGGAAGUAGAGAUGUUCGAUUGAUUACUAACUUGAAGAGGCACAAACUCUAGUGUUGUUGUUUUUAGAUUCACAAUAAUUCUUGAACAUCAGUUUUAAAAGUGCCUAAUCAUCUCUUAGAGGGAUGCUUAAGCUAGCUGACUCACAGUUUGCUACUUCUUCUAUGUCUAUCCUCAAAAUUAUGGCAUGUGGUGAUCGACAUCUCUGUCCACAAUGAUUCAACGGUCGUACUCUCCAUCUUCAAUGUUUUUUUUUUCUUGUCCUGCUGUAUGAUGGUUGCAACAUUUAUCAGCUUCAACUUAAACAUAAUCUGCUCAAAUUUCAUUACACACUGCCAACUAGCGUUUAGGCAGAGUACUGCAGAGUUACAAAAACAUGCCAACACACAAGUUUAUGGUGUUCAUGGCAAUGUAGGGCAACCCUGGUGUGGCCACAGCAGAGAGUAGAAGGGAAACCCCUCAGCCAAAUGAAAAUGUCUAUAAUCAAAUCCAGUAAUUGUGUCAGUGUUGACCUUUUGGAUUUAUUCGUUCAGGCACAAAAUCAUCUGUUACAGUAUUUGAAGAGGGUGUCAUCUGGGUCAAAAUAGUGAGGCCAGAGCUUCGAAAGUGGGAAGCCACUGAGCACCCUCAUGGAAGGAAGACAUGUUGACUUUUCACAUUUGCACACUGACUUUGUUGUCUUCUUCUGACGUCUCCUCCCAUCCCGAGUUGAUCCACUUAAUCACUGGGUUUCAUUGUCAGCAGGCCGGCGCAUUUUAUAAACUGGCUUGUGUACUAACACUGACUCACUCUCUGUGGUGGGUUGGCACCACGAACAGAUGCCAAACACUGCCGUCGUUCACACGUGCCUGUGAGAGGGCGGAAGAAGGAGAAAAGAGCAAAGAGGUAGAGAAGGGAGACAGUUGUUUUGACUUUCAAAGCCAGUGGGGUGUGUUCAUGAGGGUGUGUGUUUUAUGAGUUUGUCUUUACAUGUGCUGAAUCACUUCACAGAUUCAGUAGCCAAGACUCAUUAUUAAGCUUUUUUUCUUAGCAGUUUUCAUCUGUAAAACGUGGAAAACAUAUUUCUGGCUCUACUUUUGCUACCUUACAGUUUGUUUUCUUCCUCUCCACAACAAAGGGUUUUUCCAAUCACCAUUCAAUUUGAAUAAAUCCAUUGAUUUGACUGCUGACAUCUCAUGACUGCAGUUGCUAUUGAUGUUCUAAGUCCAGUUUGGCUUGAAGCUGUGCUUGGCACAAAGAGCAAAGGUCCAAAUGUGCCCCAGCUGUCAAUAUAUUAGCCUCAGGGAGGGACUGCAUGCCUGGUAAAUACACUUCAAUGAGUCAUGCACUCCCAGAUCACAAAACUGUGAAAUAGAGUCACUAGCAGACAGACGCUGGCAUUUUCAUGGUUGAAUCCAAAGCAAUACAAAGUCUGGGUUUUAAAUGAGGAUUUUAACCAAUGGACUGUGACCUUUGACAGCGACAGCUUAACACAGCUCAUUUAGAUUUAUUCUAGCUACAGAAAUGGAGUUGUUGAAGGACGAUAAAAAUUGGCAGCAAGAAAGUAGCCCUAACAUGAGGUGGGAGGUGCUGCCUCACCCUGAAGGGUCAUAUUACCCAGCUGCCAAUAAUAGAAACCAAAAAGUUGACACCUGUUUUGAUUAUUGGUGCUUUUAUUGAUUUAGCUAACAGAAGCUAUCAUUUUUGCCACAGUGUUAACAGGCAGAGGUGAAUUGUUUUAGACUCCUUCCUGCAGAUAAAUUUGACAUAUACAGUAAGGUCAAGCUGUCCUUGCAAGCCUUUGUCCUCCAGAUAUAAAUCAACAUUGUAAUGGGGGUUUGACCAAUCAGAGUCAAGUGUUUAACACAGCUGAGUAAUAAUAAGCUAUAAUGUGCAUGUUGUUCAUUGUGUUUUAAGAAUAACAGUAAUGUGAUCAGUGGGCAGGGUUGCCAGGUGUACCAUAAUUAUCAUAUAUGUAUGAUAAUUUUGCCCUUUGUGUGCGCCCUACGAUCAAUAACACAGAAAAAAGGCUAAAUGUACGAUAAUUCAACAGAGUGACCACAAAACUGCAGCCACAAAAUCGUGAGUGCCUGUAGGACGCUUAACAGAGUGAUUGUAUGUGACUAUAAUGGAACAGUUAGAUUAUUUUGAUUAUGAAGGGUGUACGAUAACUUUACCAAAAAUAUGAUAAUUUUGAGUCUCUGGUACCAUAAUUCUACAUUUCCUAUCCGGCAAAAAUAUCAGUGGGAGAAUCAACAUCCUUAUGGGAAAGUAAGAAAUAUAGCUUCACAUCUAGACUGCCAGAGCUCCAGGUUUUUACUUCUUGUGCUCUUUUACAGCAUGACCAGACAUUGUCGACUGGCAACACAACAACAGUUUCAAUGUCAACUUUUGACUCUCGAGUCUUGUUUUGCAAGGAAGGGGUCAGGUUACCAGUCUUUAAAACCUUGUCUGGCGUAUAUUUUCAACAAGUCUCCUCCGAAAGAAAGUCAUAGCUUUGCCUCUGGCUGUUCACAUGGGAAGAGACAGAAAUAGUUGUGUAGCAACUGACAGAAACUGAGCGAAAGAGAGAAAUUUUUCUUUACUGUGAGCAGCCAACUGAUCAAGACAAGAGAAGACCUCUUAAAGAGCGUGACAGCAGCUUUGAUUGGCAGUGUACAUCAAAAUUUACUGCAAAGUAUAGUAAAUGCAAGUACUCUAGGGAAUAAAGAAGAUAUACUUCCCUAUGCUUGAGGAGAAAUCCAAUUUUUCCCUCUAUUAUUUAACACAGUACAUGCACAAAUAGGCCAAUACAUACAUAUGAACAGACAAGAUCCUAUGGAGGUAAAUGGGUUAGGCCGGGCAGCUUGAGCUUACAUUUGCAGAGGGUAAAGUCCUUGUCACAGCAGUUGCAGGUUUGACUCCUCUCUCUACUCCCCAUAUUUUCCUUUUCUAUUUAGCUGUCCAAUCACAGACAAAAAGGAUCCUAGAUAGUAUUUGGUGAAACUAGACAGAUUAGAGUGCUCAAUGGAACUAUCAGUGUACCAAGAAAGUACGCUGGCACCCCACCAGCAACUAGUCCUGAUUUUCAUAUUUUGGUUUUUACUGGGACUUUAACUGAUGUGCAUCUGGUACCCAAGCCAAAUCCCUACCCCUGGAGCAGUGCCAUCCUCUUGAGCAUGACAUGGUUUAAUUUUAAUAAUAUAUGUAAACAAUUGCAACAUUGCUGAGUUUGUGGCUUUCUUUCACAGUCAAGGUGACAUUUAAUAUUGAGAAUGAUUAGCUGCUACUGUGUGUGGAAAUUAUUUGUCUAGGACCACAAAAGCAAAGCUAAGUUGCAGGGACACUGAUGUGAAAUGUAAAAUUUUACAUAACUAUGGGUGUAAAUAAAGUCUGGGUCUAUCAUUACUGGAGGUACACUUGGCUGUUACAACCAACACCUAAAGUAGGCCUAGAGCUAACCUCUGAGGGGAUUGAUGGAAAAUAAAUUGGUGACAACUGCAUCAAAACAGCUAUAAACCCAGUGUAUGGCACCUCCAAACACAAUGAGGAGUGAAUGAAUAAUGAAGAUAUUAUCAUCACAAUUAGAUUCAAGAUUUCUGCAUGUAGAAACGUUAUCUUUGGCUGAAGUUGUCCUUUGAGGCGUUUUUUUUUCUCCUCCCAGCCUCCUCUCUGAUAUACGGUGUCCUCUAGAGUACAGCUGAAUCAGCGUGGGAAAGAGCUUUUGCUGCAUGCAGCAGCUAACUUUAUCCAGUGAAGUCACAUCAUUUCUGUAUGCUGUAUGGUUUCAGCAAAUUGCAUCGCCACAGGGGGACGAAGGAGGUGAAAAGAGGUGUAGAUACACUUCCGUCUUACAUCGCACCUUCUUUUUAUUUUUUUACUACUUCUUUUCAAGCUGCAUGGAUAGCCAAGCAAACUCUCUCCUGCUAUCUUAUCAUUGCUCUGACAUCCUAUAGGCCUCUCAGCUAUCGCACAUGUCCCAUCUUUAUCCUUCAUCCUUUAUUGCGCAGUACUCACUUUCCCUCCCUCAUCUUGCCCGGACUCGAAAGAUAAAUUCAUCCCACCUUGAGCUCCUCCCGGCUUUGAUGUGACACAGCAUGGCAGUGCAGCGAGAGAGGAAGAAAGCUGAGCUGUGAGGUUUGACUGUGUUGCACAAUCCUCCUCUUCCUUCUCCUGUGCUUCAUCAUCACAGUGACCCACUUAUCCGUGCGCUCCCCAUCUCCCUGCAUCUCAUUUUCUCCUCUUAUGCAUUCUAAUUACGGCUCUUAUACAUACAUCUCUGUUUCUUUUCAUACUCCUUCACAAUCUUUUCUCACCUUUAAUCUCCUCAUUCUUUCGUCGUUUUUUCCUUCUUUGUCUUAUCAAAUCGUCUCCUCCAUUUUUGCUCUUUUCUUCACGACUAUUUUAUGACUUCUCCUUGUUUACAAUAUCACUUCAAUGUUUAAACAUCUUAUCAAAUUCCAGCCUCAUUGCCAGUUCUUUGUCAGUGUGCAGCAAUAUCAUCUUGUUUACUGGAUAACUUCUUGUUGUGUGUGUGUGUGUGUGUGUGUGUGUGUGUGUAUGUGCGCGCGUGUGUGUGCUCAGUAUUAUCAGAGUUCUGUGAGGGAUCUGUCAAUGUCAGCCACACUCUGUGAGUAUUACUGAGACACUCAGCUUCAAUAUGCCAUUACAGGCAGAGACUGGAUGUUCUUGUGCUCUGUGCAGCAUAAGCACACUCUCUCUAUCUGUGUCCCUGCACAGAAAAUGACCAGAGAGAAAAUGACAACUGAUAGACCGCAGGGACUGCUGCUAAUCUUCCUUGUGCAGCACCUCUACCUGACAGCUGCUGUGAUUGUUACAAUAAAAUCUUGAGUGAAAAGCAACUCAGUCAACUGCUGUCCAGGCUGCAAGAACUAAAGUAAAGCAAUGACACAAUAUUUUACUCAUCAUGAAGCUGUUGUUGUCUAUUGUUGUGUUUUUAAUUUAGUUCUACAGCCUGUUUCAGUUGUACAGUGCUUUGACAAAGAUGAAAUGGUUUUAAGGGCCUGUGUCCACUUACUGCAUUUUUAGCACAUGCCUUGAUAAUAAGGAGCUCCUCACUUGCACUGACUGUUGCUAUAAAUAAGUUUGGCAGCACCCUUGCCUCCAUUACAAGUAAGUAUGAUUUAAAUGCUCUGUAUGCUUCAGUAUUGUCUGUAUUUAACAUAAUUUUCCAUGGAAAAUAAUUACAUAUAUAUAUAUAUAUAUAUAUAUAUAUGUAUAUAUAUAUAUAAUAUAUUUAUUUAUAUAUAUAUAUAUAUACAUAUAUAUAUAUUUAUUUAUUUAUUAUAUAUAUAUAUAUAUAUAUACAGGUGCUGGCCAGUAAAUUAGAAUACCAUCAAAAACUUGAUUUAUCUCAGUAAUUCCAUUCAAAAAGUGAAACUUGUACAUUAUAUUCAUGCAAUGCACACAGACCGAUGUAUUUCCAAUGUUUAUUUCUUUUAAUUUUGAUAUUUAUAAGUGACAACUAAUGAAAACUCCAAAUUUGGUAUCUCAAAAAAUUAGAAUAUUGAAAAGGCCAAUGAAAAAAAAUGUUUUUUUUGAAAUGUUGGCCAACUGAAAAGAAUGAACAUGAAAAGAAUGCCCAUGUAUAGCACUCAAUACUUAGUCGGGGCUCCUUUUGCCUCAAUCACUGCAUUAAUGCGGCGUGGCAUGGACUCGAUUAGUCUGUGGCACUGCUCAGGUGUUAUGAGAGCCCAGGUCGCUCUGAUAGUCGUCUUCAGCUCCUCUGCAUUGUUGGGUCUAGCGUAUUGCAUCUUCCGCUUCACAAUACCCCAUAGAUUUUCUAUGGGGUUAAGGUCAGGCGAGUUUGCUGGCCAAUCAAGGACAGGGAUACCAUGGUCCUUGAACCAGGUACUGGUGGUUUUGGCACUGUGUGCAGGUGCCAAGUCCUGUUGAAAAGUGAAAUCUGCAUCUCCAUAAAGUUGGUCAGCAGCAGGAAGCAUGAAGUGCUCUAAAACUUCCUGGUAGACGGCUGCAUUGACCUUGGACCUCAGGAAACAGAGUGGGCCAACACCGGCAGAUGACAUGGCACCCCACACCAUCACUGACGGUGGAAACUUUACACUGGACCUCAUGCAACGUGGAUUCUGUGCUUCUCCGCUCUUCCUCCAGACUCUGGGUCCUUGAUUUCCAAAGGAAAUGCAAAAUUUGCUUUCAUCAGAAAACAUAACUUUGGACCACUCAGCAGCAGUCCAGUCCUUCUUGUCCUUGGCCCAGGCGAGACGCUUCUUACGCUGUUUCUUGUUCAAGAGUGGCUUGACACACGGAAUGCGACAGCUGAAUCCCAUGUCUUUCAUGCGUCUCUUCGUGGUGGUUCUUGAAGCGCUGACUCCAGCUGCAGUCCACUCUUUGUGGAUCUCCCCCACAUUUUUGAAUGGGUUUGUCGUCACAAUUCUCUGCAGGGUGCGGUUAUCCCUAGAGCUUGUACACUUUUUUCUACCACAUUUUUUCCGUCCCUUCGCCUGUCUGUUAAUGUGCUUGGACACAGAGCUCUGCAAACAGCCAGCUUCUGUAGCAAUCACCUUUUGUGUCUUGCCCUCCUUGUACAAGGUGUCAAUGGUCGUCUUUUGGACAACUGUUAAGUCAGAAGUCUUCCCCAUGAUUGUGGAGCCUUCAGAACAAGACUGAGGGACCUUUUAAAGGCCUUUGCAGGUGUUUUGAGUUAAUCAGCUGAUUAGUGUGGCACCAGGUGUCUUCUAUAUUGAGCCUUUUCAGAAUAUUCUAAUUUUCUGAGAUACUGAAUUUGGUGUUUUCAUUAGCUGUCAGUUGUAAUAAUAAAAAUGAAAAUUAAUAAACACUUGAAAUAUAUCACUAUGUGUGGAAGGAAAGUAUACAGUAUACAAGUUUAACGUUUUGAAUGGAAUUACUGAAAUAAUUCAACUUUUUGAUGAUAUUCUAAUUUACUGGCCAGCACCUGUAUAUAUAAUGUGGUCCUGUGUCUUUGUUUUAUAUCAUAUCCAUCUUUUAACCAAGAUCAAGUCUUUUUAACUUUUAGUGAUUUUGAAAAGGUUAUGCAUUUCAAAUGUGUAGUUCUGUAGUUCUGUAGUUAUAAUAUUCUCUAAUUGAGGGCUGUUUAUUGUGUCUAAAGGGAGUAGAAUUGAUUUGUUCAAAUUUAUUUUAUAACCUGAAAUAAAGCUGAAUUGUUCAAUAGUGCUAAGAGCUGCAGGUAGAGACUGUUGGACAUUGUCAAAAAAUAAUAAAACGUCAUCAGCAUACAAAGAUAUUUUAUGAAACGUAUUAUUUAAAAUUAUGGGUUUUAUGUCUUGACAGUUUCUGAUUUUAUGGGCUUGUGGCUCGAGAGAUAUAGCAAAUAAUAGUGCAGAGGCUGGGCAGCCUUGCCUAACACUACGUCCUAUGGAGAAGAGUGAUGAACAAUGAUUAGAAGUAAUGACCAUGGCCGAUGGAUUAUGGUACAGAGUUUUAAGCAUAUUUAUGAAUUUAUCACCAAAAUCCAUGUUUUUCAUCGUAUACCACAGAUACCAUUCCAACCUGUCGAAAGCUUUUUCAGCAUCGAGAGACAGCACUGCACAUGAUGAUGUUAUGGGGGUUUUGUCAAUAAUAUGUAAUAAUCGUCUUAUGUUAUCUGAGGCAAAUCUUUGCUUGACAAAACCGACUUGAUCAGGAUGUACCAAAAAUGACAGUACUGUCUCUAGACGUCGAGCAAGCACCUUAGCAUAUAAUUUUAUAUCAGCAUUGAGCAGCGAUAAUGGGCGGUAAUUGGCACAAAUGGUCCUGUCCUUUCCCUUUUUCUGCAGGAGUGUAAUUGUGGCAAUGCUUGUAUCUUUAUUAAAACUUCCUUUACUAGUAGCUUGUUGGAACAUCUCCAAUAACAGAGGACCCAAGGCUUUCGACUCUUGAGAACUUGGCCUUUGAAUCAUGUUUUUAUUGAACCAUCUUUGUCUUUUUUUUUUAAUGUGGUCCUGUGUCUCUGUUUUAUAUCAUAUCUAUCUUUUAACCAGUCUUUUUAACUUUUAGUGAUUUCGAAAAGGUUAUGCAUGCUUUUAUGAAAACCCUUCUUGAUUAUUGUAAUGCACUUUACUUUGGUGCCAGCCAAACCUGUCUUCAUUGCUUACAUCUGGCUCCACCUGCCGCAGCUUGUGUUUUUGUCUAGUCGCCAUAAAUAUGACCACAUUUCCUCCAUUGUAGCCUCUCUUCACUUGCUUUCUGUGCGUUGUAGGAUUUUAAAACCCCAUAUUUUAUCUUGGACUCCAAAUCCUCUGAUCAGUGCCUUCUGAUUGUCCUUGGGUCAAGAUUGAAGUUCAGGGGUGACCAAUCUUUUUCUGUUGCUGCGCCUAAGCUUUGAAUGCUCUUCCUCUGAUCAGUGCCUUCUGAUUGUCCUUGGGUCAAGAUUGAAGUUCAGGGGUGACCAAGCUUUUUCCGUUGCUGCGCCUAAGCUCUGAAUGCUCUUCCUUUUCAUGUCUGACUGUCCCCCACACUGACUUGAAAACACACUUUUCCUCCUUGGCUUUUGACUCUUGAGAACUUGGCCUUUGAAUCAUGUUUUUAUUGAACCAUCUUUGUCUUUUUUUUUAUGUGGUCCUGUGUCUUUGUUUUAUUGUUUGUGUUGGUUGUCUGUUUUUAUUGUUUUUUAAUUUUUACUGAACAGCACUCAAGUCAGCUUGUUUUUUUUUUUAAAUGUGCUUUAUAAUAAACUUGGAUUGGAUUGGAUAUUUUGGUGGGAAUGGAAAACCCACAUAAAAAAGAAAAAAAAAACAGUUCUUGGUUGAAUGGGCAACUAGAUUUGAUUGAGGAUCUUGAAGACAUUUCCAGUCUGUUCCAAAAAGCUCUUGUAGUUCUAAUGUGACAGGGACCGAAGUUGGAAAUUCAUGUAAGAUUAGAUGAGAUAUAGUAGGAAGGUGAUACUGUGGGAAUGGCUCAGUCAAUAUUUAGGUUUUCUUCCUUUAUCUUUCUUCCGUCUUAACUUCCUUUCCCCUUUUCUCCUUUGUUGAGGUCCUUCCUCUGGUUUAUUGACCUCUUCUAAAACUACGGGAGCCUGCUGCCGGAUUUUAUCAGCAGGCUCAUCUUGGGAAGCCUGGCUGACCAUCCUUUCCGGCAGGUUUUCCAUCGCUUGAAAGUGGGACUUUCCCUUCUCUGGAGCCUCUCGAAGCGGAGGUUCCAACUUCUGUACCUUUGCUUCUUGUUGGAGAGACUGUUCAGCCUUUCGCUUCAGGGUUUUCUUCGCACAAGUCUCCUUAGCAUUGUGCUUCUUCUCUUCAUCCUUAUCAAUUUUUUGUUGGAGGGCAUCUUUUUUAGCCCUAAGCUUGGGGAUGUUCUCCUUGUGCUCUAAGAACUGCUCAGCAUGUGACCUUGCUGUCUCAAGCUGCUGCUGGAGGUCAUCAUUUUUGUGUUCAAGGAGUCUUCUUUCAGCCACCUGAUUCCUGAUUAUUACCUCCAACUUGACCCUCCUCUCUUCCCCUGUCCUCUGUUCAUCUUUCAACUGCUGCUGGUAGAGGUCACCCCUUUGUAUCUCACCCCUGAGCAAAUCCUUAUACUCCUUAGAUUCCUGCUUUGCUGUCAGUCGAAGGAACGCACGGUAUUCUGCUGCAAGUUCUAAAGAUAUACGCUGUUGAGCCAGUUGAUCCUUCAAAUCGUCAAUUUGAUCCUGGAGUUGUAUCCUAUGUGCCUGCUCCUCUACAUACUUUGCCCUCUCUCGUUUUAACAAAUCGAGGUGAUAUGUUGUGUCGGAGUAGGCAUUGUUGAGUUCUCCAGUCAAGUACUCCACCUGAUCUCGAAGUUUAUGGUUUUCAUUCACCUCGGACUCAAGUUGGCCAGAGAGCUGGUUGAUCGUUUGCUCCUGCCAAGAGAUGUGCCGCUCGGCCAGCUGAAGCUGAGUUCUCAAUGCUUCAUUUUGGUGGAGCAAGGCUGCUUUUUCUUCCCAGCUGAAAUUGUAACGGACACCUCUCACUGCCUGCAUGGUCAUGCCAGUGCUGUCCCAGGCUGGCUGAAUUGGCCUUGAAACCAUGUUAAGUUGAAAUGCUUGCAUGUUCUGUUGCAUGUUACCAGACAUUAGCUCUGAAUGUGCACAGUUGUACGCUACCAGAAAUGAAAUCUGAGAUGAUCUGGGCUGCAUUUAACCCUUACACACAUCAACAGACACACCGUGAUGUCAUUCCAUGAUGUCACCGUGAUUUACUCUGAUCUUUCAAAUCAAAACAUUCCGUGUUGAUGGAUCAAGUGGGCAUGUGACCUGUUGCUAAGCAACAAGAGUGGCUUGCUGAAGGAGGACUAUUUGGAACAGCAUUUCACGUUACAAGACUGAUGCCCUGCUUAAACAGGUGUAUGGUCAAAACUAAAGGUCCUUUAGUGGGGCUGAUGCGAAUAUAGAACACGAAAUUACAAAAUAUUCAGAGGGAAAGUAUGACGCGCCUGACUGUACACAUCAAGCCUGAUGAGAUUUUGCGACUUUCCGGGGGGAAAAAAGACGCAUCCUGGGGAAGACUUUUCUUGGGGAAAGUCCCGCCCCCUUCGCCUCUGAUUGGCUAGAAAAACUGGAAACGUCAGCACAUGCUCAAGCCAAAUGGUCAGCACUUAUAGCCAAUCAGAGGCGAAGGAGGGCGGGACCUUACUUACCAUUCUACAGCAUCCUGUGUGGAAGUGAGAAAAAAAAAAUGGAGUCUACUUCAACUUUAAGUGAUGGCGAAUUGGUACUCCUUUUGCUUUCUCAAAAGAAAAAGAAUUGUAGCACAUGGGUGCAUCCAAUACUACAAAAAAGAAAAGAGCUUAGUGAGUUUCACUGUUUGGUUCAGGAGCUGAAACUGUACCACGGUCGCUUCAGAGCCUAUUUUUGGAUGUCCAUUGGACAAUUUGCUGAAACAAUUAGCUCCAAGUUUGAAGAGGCAGAGGACUAGACACUAGUGUUGAGAUGGCUUCUGUCAUGAUAGCAUGUACUGAGUUGGGGCCAGUACCAGAUAAGCACAUGAAACUAUGGUAGCAACCGCUAGCUUACAUUGGCACAGAUCAAGUUAAAACAAAGACAAAUUCCAGGGCAAUUUAAGAUAAGAUGUCCCUUUAUCCGUCCCACAAGACGUGAUUCCAAAUGUGUAGCUCCCAUAUCGGGAGUUGAACCCGGGCCACCUGGGUGAAAACCAGGAAUCCUAACCGCUAGACCAUAUGGGAUAUAAAUCAACACUGAAUACUCAGUGGGAUCUUGAAAUGGAUCUACAGAUGAAUACAGUCGUAAAAGCCAGUUUUUAUCAUAUCCAUGUUUUAACCAAGAUCAGGUCUUUUUAACUUUUAGUGAUUUUGAAGAGGUUAUGCAUGCUUUUAUCAAAACCAACUGUCCCCCACACUGACUUGAAAACGCACUUUUACUCCUUGGCUUUCGACUCUUGAGAACUUGGCCUUUGAAUCAUGUUUUUAUUGAACCAUCUUUGUCUUUUUUUUAAUAUGGUCCUGUGUCUUUGUUUUAUAUCAUAUCCAUCUUUUAACCAAGAUCAGAGCAGUGGAUUAAAACAGAGUGGCGACACUCCCAUAGACAUACGCUGCACAGCCCGGCGGACCCCACUUCCGGGUUAUGGAACUCUUAAUAGUUCCAACAUGACCGCCUGUCACGUCGGACGCCGUUCGCUUCUAUGGGCACAAGGCAAGCACUCACCGAGGUUAAAUGAUAAAAUAUCAACAAGUUUAAUGCCAAUACGUGUGUUAUUGAUAUCGAGGGGACCCCUUUAUAUGUAAAAAUGUAUAUCCCAAAUGUGAUUACGUUUUUAUAGUCAGGAAUUGGGAUCGAUUUUUUAGCCACGGUUUGCUCCCACACUCCCCGAUGUAAAAUAUAUUAUCAACGAAUGUAAUGCUAAUAUGUGUGUAAAUGGUAUCGAGGAACUCCUUUAUAUGUAAAAUGAUUUCAAUUUUUGUAUGCUCAAAUUGUAAUUACAAAUGUAAUUACGUUUUUUUAGUUAGGAAUUGGGAUCGCUUUUUUAGCCACGGCCUGCUAGCUGGACGUCGUCAGCUGUAGAGGCCUGCCAAAAUGUAUUGUGUGACUGAGUUAUGAAUCACAGAUAAAUCAUCAUCAUCAAUCAUAUGUUGAGAUGGUUACUUAUGGGCUUUAUUAUUUUGUUCAUUGUCAUUAUUAGCAUCAGCUCAGGGUCUGAAAUUUUUUAACUAGACAAAACGUGUGUUGCAUCUCUUCUGUACAGGCUCCCAUGAUUGCCACUGACAAUGUUGAUAUCAGGAGUCCCACCCCUUCUUCGUUUCGAUUGGUUUGUGUAGAGGAAGUGACAUUGAUGAGUAUAGGGUAGUUCAUUAACAACGUUAGCACAGUAACAUAUAUCAUCUGAUGCUGGAGGCAUUUCUGCAUAUUUAGAAUACAUAAAUACUGAACUUAGUUGGUUUUUAACAGAAAAUAGGCUUUGUCAGGGCAAAAAAAAAAAUGCUGUUGGUGGACACAGACCCUAAAUGUGCUUUGUGCAUAUAUUUGACUUUAUAUUAUAAACCUCAAUAGUUAAAGAAACAGCCAUAAAAUGCAAAACCCCUAGUUACUGCAAGGUUCAAAAUCAGUAGAAAAUAGCCAUGUUGUAGCAUGUUACUGCCAGCUGUGUAAACUAGUAUGACAGUAUUAACUUACGGACUGUAAAAAGAGACAGGUGACAGAACGGCUCCUUAAAAGUGAAGUCAAAACAUGCAGAGCCCUUCUUGGUGACUGUUUGUCAAAAGCCUAUCUCUCCAUGUAAACAGAUGGGACAUAGAUCAGACUUGAAAAUAAAAAAAAAAUCACAAAUAUUGUUUUAGUUUCUACAUUGAGUCAUUUUCAUGCUGAUUAAUAUCCAAACAUAGAUAAUUCUAUGAAUUUCAUUUAUGAUAGUUAUUCGAUACUAUAAAGAUGUGUAUGAUACUAUGAGUCACAGCACUAUUGACAAGUGUGAUUCAUUUUUCAUAUAUGAUUCAUUUAACUUUCCAUAACCUCCAGAGUCUGCUUUAAUCUGACAUAAGUUGUGUUACACUGUGAUCUGUUGCAACUUGAAUCACCCCAGGCAUCUGUGUUAAUCAAAGAAGGAAGCGGUGUCUCUACAGGCACUUUUGAGACAUAUAGCAUAUAUGUUCUGAGAGGCUAGCAUUACAGGUUACAAGUCUCUCAUUUUUAUUUUACUUUUUAAUUCACAACAUUUCAAUCCUAGUUUCCUUAAAAACAAAAAAAAAAAAAGAAAAAGAAGUAUGAUUACAUUUACAUGUACCUCCAUUUAACUAAAAUAAGCCCAACAAUGCUAUUAGCUGGAGCCAUGUGUCUCUAUGUCGCAACAGCCCUUUAAGCACAUGUUAGCUAUGAGCAAACCAGUCAUUAUCUAAUCACUCCUUAAAUAUUAUUUGCAUUGAACACUUACAAAAGAUCUUUUUAAAUAUAAAACUUACAUAACAUAAUUAUGUUUCCAUGAUCAACCUCAGUGAAAGCCCUUGAAUAAUUAUCUCUUCGUGAUGUCUUAGUUGUUGUUCAAUAAACCUGUACUUCUAGUUGGUACAUUAGGCUAAAAAUAGUAUUAGUUGUGAAUCACUUGGCUGAGUAAAGUGAUUUCCUGUCAGAUGGAAAAGUUGACUUAUUGUUCAUGACGAGUGUUUGAAUAGUGUCUGAACGGAGGUGAAUAGACCGUGGUGAAUCACAGGGUUAGGCUGCUUGCGUUAGUUGAGAUUCACCUCAGACUAAAAACGCUGCCGGCUGCUCAGCUUUCAGUGAAAACAAGUCUGACACUCAUGCACACACUUUCUCCUCAUUCAGCAGACAUCCCUCUCUCUCUCCCUCUCUAUCAAUCCCUCUUUUAGUCACUGGCUCUACUAAAAGUUGCGUUCAUUACGACAAACACUCUGCUCCUUGUGAGUUCUCUAAAAAAUACUCUCUGCAGCACAUAAAAUCCUUACUAUCUGUUUCCUUGCUUGUAUCACUACAUCUUACAUACAACUCUGCCCCCAAAAUCCUGCCUUUCUUCAGUUCUUUCAUUCACACACUAAAACAGCCCAAAACUACACACUUGUGCUGUCAGUUUUUGCACUAACACCAUAAAACGAAAAAUAUGCCAGAGCUGAUGACAGUUUCAAAUGGUGCACAUGAUUUCCCUGCAUGCUUCUUAUAUUUUUGUUUAUUUUAGGAUCUGGUUGUCUCUUUUCCAACCUGUAAACUUCAUCUUAUUUUUGUCUUGAGGGAUAAUGACUUAAAACUGCACUGAAACCUGACAUGUGCAUUUUCCAAAAAUUCUAAGACAUGAGAAGAAUUCGUUCACAGCUGACAGCCUCUGUCAUCUGGUUCUUUUACGUUCUUCUUUGCUGUCAGGUUUGUUACCAUCUAGUUUAUGAUUGUGCUUUUUCUGCUGCUCGGGAUUGAAUCCUAAAAAAAUGAUGACAAUAAAAUCCCUCGUUGGGAAUACUUGUGACACCUACCCUAAAAUAUGUACUUCAAGAUGAGGUUUGUAAGAGUUGUUCAAAUUUUCACUGUCACCGUUACUGCCCACUGGGAUAAAAUAUCAGGGUUAAAUCUGACCAUGCUUUGGCAUUAUUUUAAAUAUGUUCUUGUGUGCAUGUCCAUUUUAGUCUCUUGGCGCUGCUCCCUGUCAUUUUGUCACCCUUCCACUGCUGGCAAGAUAGAAGGUUAUUUUCCCCAACUGGGUGUGACCUUGACUAUUUUAGCCUCUCAAUCACCAGCUGGACAACAACACAUUUAGUGUUUACGUGCAUGUUAAGUGCAUGAGUGGAUGUGGUUCCAUUCCUGUCAUAGUAUAUGGGACAUUUAAGAAUCUCAGGUACUUUCUAACAAGCUCAACAGAGAGUCAGAGACAUGCAGUGAGUGUUUCUUUGCAGGAGAUAUGAUUGAUGGUGGUAAAAAAUGGUUUCUCUGUGCGUGUGCAUGUGUGAGAGAGGACUUGCACAUCCCCAGCAGUCAUACUUCACACACAGGCCAUGUUUGCCCCAGUCAUCACCAAUCACAGUGACAGAGGGUGAAGGACUGCUUGCUGACAAGGGGAGAGUCAAACACACACAUACUUGAACACACACACAACAUUCAGACUGAGUGACCGCCUUUCGAAAAAGGGAAUACGAUCACCCUCGAGUUUCUGCUGUGGACCUUUCAUGAGUGUCAUCUGUCCGGUCGGUGUCUGUCAGCAUUAUGGGACUUGUGUUGUAGCUUGACCUUUCUUAGUUUAACUCAAAAGCUAGCUUAAUGAUUGGUGCUUUUUAACAUGUACUGCAGGAUUAGGGUCUGAAUCAAUAAAUUCUGCUUAUCAAUUCCUGUGGAUUUCUUGUGUGAAAAAAAAGGCCUGUGCAUGUUUUCUGUGUCAAAAACAUAGAUUUUAUUACAAGUUUUAUUACCCUCACUGACUGGCCUGGCCUCUGAUUGGGCCUUACAUUAUAAAGAUUGCAGCUGUCCUUAAAUCCUCUAUUUCAAAAGCUGACGUUAAAAGCACAACAAUAUUAGUCAUGAUUUGAGUCGCUCCAGGUUUCUUGUUGCUGUAAUUUCUUCCUUUCCACGUCAGUAUUUUGCAAGGCAUGUAAAACUAAGUGGAAGGUAUCUAAAAGGAAAGCGUUGAGCACAAAGGCAAAUGAAAUAUUGGGAGCCAGUCCCGAUCUGGAACUGGUUUUUGAUUCCCAUCCCCCUACUCAAGCAACAACAUCCAACUUGAGCCUUAAAGUCUCUCAUGCCUAAACAUAAAACCUUAAAGUCUUUUCAUACGCAUGAAUGAUAAUUUUGUAAUUCUGUAAAGUAAACUUGAAGAACAAAGCACCUGACAGUAACCUCCAAUUUCUGCUGAUUUUAUCUUGCACAUGUAUAAUCAAUGUUUGUUUGCCAUCAACUAUCUAUUAGUUAACUGAUUGAUUUGAUUGACUAGGCACUGUAGGCAACGAUAAUUAUUAUUUCUAUUAAGCUAACAUGGUUUUCUUAUAAAAUUGCAGUUGUCUGGCAUAAUAGCUCAUCUGGUCUCAAAGAUGUCAAAGUCAGAGUUUCAUGACUUUAUAAAGAAUCACACUGAAAUGAAAGCACGAAAACACAACACCAGAAUUUAAAAUUGCAGCAGCAUAUUUAUUAUUUCCUCUCAUCCCUCCUAGCCUUUCUCUCCUCCUCAGAUUGAAAUAACUCGUCUCCGCUCUGAUGUUUUUCAUUUGCAUACAACCUCAGUCCUUUGGUGCCACAGUGCACACACUUCUAAACUAAUAGAUGACAGGCUUUGAUAUGUUCCACCACAUUCCCUCGUUUCUCUCCUCUUUUUCUGUUUCCUCUAAUGAGGGGGGAUUUCAGAGCGAGACCCCUUCACUAAGAAGCAGAGAGAGAUUUCAGAGAGAGAGGUGAGAGGGGAUGCUCGUCUGUGGAGAGACUGAGGUGCUUAAAAUGCUGGUUGUGUAAAUGCCUCUUAGCGGCUCAGGAAUAAGGAUGACUGUGGGUUAGACUUGUGUGUGUGAACAAGUGCAAAUGAGUUAUGUGCUAGCCAGGUGAGAGUGUCACAGAUGUCAAGUUAAAUCCUUAACCGUGCAAACAAUGGUUUUGAAGGUCGGUCACACUGAAAAACGUAGAUUUCUAUUUCAUAUUCAUCCUGAAAUGAAAAACUUCCCCUGCAGUAACACUGUCAAGCAUAAAAAACUCUGAUGUACAAAACUAACCUCCUGUUCCCCAUUUAGUAUUCAAAUUUCAAGCUGUAACUUUGAGCUAAUUUGAUUUGGUGCACAUCAACCCACCAACGCAUAAAUGAAAUCAGUGACUGAGCAUUCCCGCUGAGAGCUAAAAUCGAAUCAACCUCCCAUCCUCCAUGUUUCUUUGUCUGAAAACAAGUGUAAGCUUCUGGCAAAAUGAUACCAAAGGGUUCUGAGAGAAAUGAAAACACACAUCAGUGUUGAAGCUGUGUCACCAAACCGAGUCCCUGUUGUCCAAGUUUGUACUGAGUUUGAGCGGCCAGAGACGAAUCUAAGACAAGGAAACUACUGCUUAUCUCCUAACACUUGUCAGAGGUGUUUUAGAUGUUACGAAAACAUUACAUACUAAUUGAUCCUGUUGGCAUGUGUGGAGAUUUAGAUUAUUAGUGAAGUAACUGUGGCACGUUUUGUACAGAUAGGGGAAGCAUUCAUCAUUUCUGCUGAGGCGGGAUCUCUACAGGUGUCUAAUAAUCUCAAAAAUGCAGGCAACCCAUACUAACCACAGUUAUACACCAAUAACAUUAUCGACAGUCUGAGUAACUUACAAUGCUGUUUCCUGACAUAGCAUAAAUGUGUUGCUGGAAGCAGUAAAAGAAGCCUUUAUAGAUAAGGUAUGUAAAAAAAAAGAUUAAAUUGUUGUGUCAUUCAAACAAAAGGUCCUGAGUUUUAAGGGUAAUGGUGUUUGUAUCAUUUAAAGCAUUAAUUAACCACAUGUUGAUGGGUUUUGCUCAUCGUUUUAUAUGAAACAGGUCAACCAGAAGAUGACGUGGUAGUAAAGAACCAAAAGGGGGCAUGUUGCCACCUACUGUGUCUGAAGCGGACAUGCUUCUGUCAAUAAUUUCACUUUUGCUGUUAACUCAUGUAACUCUACUGUAGCUUCACGUAACUGUGCAUGUGAAUUUACUGAGUCCAAAUCUGGGUGGCUAGUUCUCCGUCACUGAUUUAAAGCCCUUGACUCAAGCACUUCAACACCAAUCACACGCAAAGCAUAACAAACAAAGCAUCAGAUAUUCAACAGUUACAGAAAAAAGUGCUUAAAACAUUAAAAAAACAGCAAAUAAUGUUGAUGUUUUAGCGUUUUGAGUCAAAGUGACAAGCAGUCAUUGUUUGUAUAACCUGGAAUUGCAGCUCUAGAUUUGAGUUUUUGGUCAUAACUUUAUGAGCUUGUGUGCUUUAACCUCUUAGCCUGACUGUAGCCUUUGUGUCUCCUCACAGCAUACUGCUUUGUUGCUUUGUUUGCUCACCAAAGCAACAAAGCAGUGCGAGAAUCCAUCCACUGAAAGCACACAGCAACUUAACUCUGACAACAUUUACUUUGGCUCUCUGGUUUUGUAAGUUCGUGUACAGCCAGCUUGUGUGAAUUAAUUUGCUGGAAAACAGCUUAGCAUGGCUUUAAAUGGGGUCAAGUCUUAGUGAGAGUCAUUAUGAUUUAACCAAAUUAUCAAAACAAUGAGCUAAAGUGAGUGGAUGCUGAAAAUAGCUGGGUGUUAAGUGUUGAUUUUCAGAGGGAUUAAACAAAUCUGCAAACAUUAUUAAAAUAGAGCUUGGAUAUUUUUGUCCAUUGCAGCACAAUAACAAAGAUGGGAGAUAAAAGUUAGUCUAGAGACCAUUACACUGCGAUUCAGCUGAAGAUGCUGCAUCUUGCCUUGACGUCAGCUCCUCCUUUUUAUGACAUGCCUAAAUUUACCAGAGUUAUGUAGUUUUCUCACUGAUGCCUGCUGUUUUGUGCCAGGAAGGUCUUUGCUGCUGCUCUGCCUGCCUUGACUUAACAUGUUUGCUUAUGAAAAGUCAGGGAAAGUGUGCGGUCCUCUCUGCAGGUUUGGCAUUUACAUUCACAUGUGCAAGAGCAGGAAGCUCUUAUAACUAAGCCAAACCACUUAAUAACUGACCACUGAUUUGAGCUCUUCUGCAACCCCAGCCUCCAUGGCCUUACUGACUGAUUUUCUACAUACAAGAUAAUAUACUGCUCUCUAUUCAACAAUUAAAAUUGGCAUUGGUUAAAGAUUGUAAUGGGGCUGUCACGACACGCUGGUGUUGACGUGACCACCUUUAUUAAAAUGCUCAAUAUUGAUAUUGUGCUGAAAUUUGUGCCAAAGAUAAGUGAAAUACCAUGACUUCAUAGCUGGGGUCCUUUAUGCUGGUUGCAACACAAUGAAAAGUAAAGGCAAAGAAGAAGCAGUGAUUGAUUUACCAGAAAAUUGAUAAUUUACUUGAGGGAAUACUGGUAAGGUUUUGGUAAGGAACAUGAUUUGUAGGUCAACAAGCACACUUGCUGAUAUUUAUUUCCAUAUUUAAGGCAGCACUGCAGGCCUUUUAAUGGUGUUUGUAUCGUAACUUUUGAGUCCAUUUACUGUAAAAGAGGCAGUAUGAUCUUUGUGGACAGUCCAGCUGCUGGUGAGGGUUACCACUUGGAUGAAGAAGCUGCACUUGUAGAGCUCCUUUGGCUUGAAUACCCUGAAACACGAGUGUGGAAUUGACAUCAUGUGGUAGCUGGGAUGGAAAGGUUGAACCUCCCUUCUUCAUGCCUCGUGGUGAAAUAAAGUGAAGCAGGGGAAAACAGGACCUUUGAAGUGGUAGCGAGCAGAAUACAGCCUUUAACCAUCGAACCACUAAACAGCCCGGCCCUGGCAGCGCUGCAAAGCACAAUGACAUUUCCAUAUGAUGUCUGUUUCUAAUAUGCAAAUAAACAGCAUGUUCAGGCUGUUUAGUGCGGGGAUGUGAAAGCGUGUUUUGAAUACAGGCUUGGAUUUGUGCUGAGGGUAAAAUGAAGGACAUAAAAGCAAAAGAAAGUAGUUUGGGGUGGUUUUGUUGAGAGGAUGCUAUCAGAGGAAAAGGAACAGGAUGUAGAAACAUUAUUUUUCCAUCAUCGGUACAACACUACUCUCCUGUAUUCCAAUUUAAUUUCCUGUCUACCUCCUUUUCUUUCCCUGGUUUGUAUGCUGUUAUAUAUAUUUGCUGCCUCUUUUCUGGCAGAUCACUGACCAAAUCUUUUCCUUUUUCUUUGCUUUUCAGGAGGAAGAGAUGCCAGAAGUAGAGAUAGACAUAGACGACCUGCUGGAGGUCAACAGUGAUGACGAGAGAGCCAGUAAACUGCAGGUAAACACAUCUCUGCAUGGUUUGUGUUUGUUUCUUGAUGUUGGUGAAUAUGAAGACACUAUUGUUUAAAGCACAAGGGCAGGUAAUCAGCUAUGUUAAAUAAUGAGAAGCAGGAUUGACAUGGGGUUAUUAACCAUUGUGGAUGGGGUCAGUUUUUAUCACAUUUAUGCAUAGUCAACUUAUUGAACUUCCUUCAUUCUUUUUAAGGAUGUUUCAGGGCCCGACUUUGUCCCCAGAAAACAACUAAUUUCCAGCACAAUUCAUGGAUGCAACACACAUGUGUUUCUCUGCCUGCAGCUCACUCACUAUUUGGGAUGAGAUUUUUUUGUUUAUUCACGUUACUUAACCAUGUAGAGGCGAAGAUAGGCUAUGACUGCUUUGUCCACAUGGGUGCUAAAAUUGACAAACUGAAAAGUUCGCUACAGGAGCUUUGACCUCUGAGAGUGAAAGAAAAUGGGUUAAACACAGGGUUUAGGACAGCGGGAACUCUGGUCAGUGAGGGAUGCAGACUGCAGCUGUUUGUGAGCCACAGGUAUCCUCCUGUCUUGGUUUGUGGGAACGGGCCUACAGUUAACACACCUGCACCACCAGGUGACUUAAAGAGAUAUUCUGGCGUCAAACAUCUUUUUAGCUUUGCCACGUUUCUUUGACAAAAAGACCAAACACAACUCACCCACUCUCCUCCAGCAGCCGCUUGUUUGUGGGGGAGCCCUGAUGAGUCGAUCACCUAGUGCAGAGCAGUCUCGCAUCUUAAGGAAGAACAUUUAUGAUUAUUUCUUCAUGGAAAUGCAAUCAGGUCUCUUUGCUAAAGAAACCGGGCAAAGCUAACAAGAUGUUUGGUGACUAGUACUAUGGCUGGGACCCUAUAUGUACUGUUGAUGAAGUUAGGUGCUGUUCUGAGCAUUAUUUGUGGCCAUAGAGUGGCUUUUUGGUUGAGGUAUGGAGACAUAGACUGCUGUGUAUUGCUAUUGUGUGGUCAUCAAUGAAGUUAAUAUUACUAGAGACGGAAGCAGUCGGCAUUAUUUAUCUCUUGAGGGGGUGUCUAACUUGGUGUUAUGGUGUGUUUGACCAUGACUUAAAUUCACGCCAAAAUAUCCCUUUAAGAUCUUUGUUGCCCCGGAGUAAGCAAAGCAGUAUUUCCUCUUUUUCCUUUGGUUCAUUGAGUCUUUUCUUUCCCUGUAAACUCCAGCUCAUAAAUGUGUGUCCUCUUAUGUUGUGUUAUCAGGGCCCUUAAGUUGGCAUCGACAUUUAGGUGCAUACAUUUAGGUGUUUUUAUUUAUUUUAAUUAUGUUUCUAGCUGUGUUUUUAUGCCCUGUACAGCGUCCUUGGGUGCUCAGAAAGGUGCUUUUAAAAAAAAAAGUAUUAUUAUUAUUAUUAUUAUACCCAAUGUACAGAGGCCAUAGUCCACAUCCUGCUGGUUGCUUGUUUGACCCCUUUGCUGCAUGACUUUCCCCACUUUCAGCUCACCACCCUGUCCCUCCAAAUCUGCCAAGAGCUAGAAAAAAGCAGAUUAUUGUCCCCGCUGUCAGUUUCUCACUUUUUACUUUGGUUUAUUUUUGUCUUUUCGAAGACUUCAGACCAAAGCAGCAGAUCAGUAUGCAGCAGCAGGAGAAACAUGUGUUGUAUUGUUGUUUACAUCCAAAAACCACAGAUCCAGCUGGAAGAUGCCUAACUGAAUAUUUCAUGCUUUAUUUUUAUAAACUAGUCCUGUUUAGAGUAUAUACUGUAUGUUUUUGAGCCAUGUAAGCCUUCAAACCAGUUGAGCCAUUGUUUCUUUUUUUCCCCACAGGAAUCACUAACAGACUGCUACAAACCAACAGAGGUGAGCAUGUGUGUCUGUCUGUCAUCUACAUACAAUCAAACACUCAAUAUCAAUUAGCAAGUGAGUGACAUGUGUAGACAGACAUAGUUAUUGACUUCCACAUAUGUGCUGUUCGAUCUGUCAGUGCAGACUGCUGUACAUUCCAGUGUCCUAGAUGUGUGUGUGUGUGUGUGUGUGUGUGUGUGUGUGUGUGUGUGUGUGUGUGUGUGUGUGUGUGUGUGGUGUGUGUGUGUUUAAUGAAAGUCUGGUAACACACACACACACUCACAGACGCCUUCAUUUUCUUUUUCAAAUGUAACUUUGACCUCAAUACAUUCAGGUGUUAGCACAACGCUUGCAAAAGAACCAUAUUUACAGCCGUGCUCAAGUUGUUUACCUGUUAAAGGAUUUGUCAAUGGUUAGCAUGUGGAUGUGAGUGGGUGUUUGUGCGUGUGUGAUUGUGCAUGUGUGUGUGUGUGAAGGCUGUUGGGUAUGCGGGUUCGGGUAAGGUAGAGUUAAGCUAUUUUGGUGAUUAAAAGUACAACAGACCAAUCACAUUAGCUCUACAUACGGUGAUCUCGCCCAGCCUGGACUCCCCAUCUGUCAUCUCUGUGUCCGUAUGUGUGUGUGUGUGUGUGUGUGUGUGUGUGUGUGUGUGUGUGUGUGUGUGUGUGUGUGUGUGUGUGUGUGUGCGUGCGUGUGUGUGUGUGUGGCAUUAGGUUAGUCUGUGAAACCACUACAAGGUCACACUGGUAUCCAAAGCCACCAUAGAGUCCAGCCAGGUUGACAGCCGCUGAUACGUGUGACACCUACCCUCAUACACACACACACUCAUCCACACACACGAGCGCUUUGUAAUCCCCUGAGAAUGGAGCAGCACAGAUGCCAUUUUGAACACAAUCCCACAAAGACCGCAUCAGCUGGGGAUACAGUGAAAGACAGAAGGGAUGGAGAGAAAAGGUGAUUGUGAGAAAGGCAGGAACGAUGAAAGAAAGAAUGAGAUCACUCUCAGAAAUAAAGGUACACUUGGGAAAUAACGGGCAGUGAAGGGAGGGGAGGAUGAGACAUGAGGAGAGGGAUGCAGAGGGAUAUGUGAAAAGAGAACUAGAGGGAGGAAGACAUUAAAGAGUGGAGAGAAAAGAAAGGAGGAGAGUUAGAGAGAGAUGGAGGAGGGGGUGUCAUUGGUAAUUAGGUCACGAGCAGUGUCACCCCUGUUACAAUGAGGGGGAUUAUAAUUCAGAAUAUCCUCCACUGCAAUCAAGGACCUCUGUGUGAUCUCUUUUUAAAGCUCAUGUGGGUGAUUUCACCGCACCCUUCUUCCUUACUGAGUUAGCUAUUCAAUAAUACUCCAUCCACUCACUGCUGUUGAAAGACUACUCCCACAUUAACUGGGUUUAUUAGAGUUCCACAUUUGUUUUCUCAAAGUGUUUAUGUAAAUCUUUGUUUCUUUUAUUGAUUCAGCACAUAUUGAGAGUUUAUGUCCCCAGUGACAAGAAAAUGCCAUCUCCUUUACACUCACAAAUUAUUUCCUUCAUUAAAAGCUUCAUAAAAAAGCUGGAGGCAAGCUGCACAAACCAAGGAAUCUCUAUUUAGUCCCACUAUAAACAUCAUGGUUUGGCUUCAAAGCGCCACAUUACACACAUAUAGGGAGCUUUUAAGAUACUAUGUCAGUGUCUUAGCAGUCAAUCUUUAAAACAUGAAAAUAUUAUUUUCGAGUUUCUUUUUCAAAGUGCAGUUCAACCUGAGGUGGGUUCAGCUUAUCAAAACUUCCAUCAAGUGUUAACAAUGCUUUGUUGACAGCUAAUUUGUACGUUCUGUUAAGACUCAAUUAGGGUUAACAUAAAGAUUAACAUUAAAAUCUGUUUAAAGUCUGACAAUUUCCCAUCCUGCUGUAAAAGAAUAGGUCCCCAUGAUUCAGGUUUAAUUCACACAUUUUAUCCAGAAAGAUCCAAUGAUCAGAUCAUGCUCAAGUCGUCUGUGAUCCAUCUUCCCAAGUAAGAACCAAGUUUGGAUCCUUCUUCAAUGGAAGUGUACAUCUUUGUGAUGGGAAUUCAGGCUCUUUGUUCUGGCAAAUCAUCUGGUUCAGCAAAAGCCAGCUCUUUUGGCUUCCAAAGGUCUCUUUUGCACAAUGAAACAGUAUUUAGAGCUAGUCUGGAGACAAGAUUGAAAUAUUAGUCCCUUAUCAUCACCAGUAGUGUUGAAUAACAACAUUUGAUUUCUUUGAAAUGCCCAAAACAAAACACAUUUUCCCCUGGAGGUGUUGUGCUUUUGAAGGUGUGUUUGAAACUGUUUAUCUAACCCAUUUUUUCCUCUUUGUUACAGGACUUUGUCCGUGAGUUGCUGGGCAGGAUAAGGGGAAUGAGGAAACUCAGUGCACCUUCAAAGAAGGGCCUAUAAUGGCUGUAAUGUCAACCAUCAAUCAAUCACUAUGUCAUCUCAGCUCCACCUACAUAACCUACUCAACAUGGACUCUCAUCAUGAAGAAUAACUUAUCUAAACAUUACAGCAUUAGUUACUAUUCCACAACCUGCAGACAUGCACCAUGAACUCCAUGCAUUUAGCACUAUUCAUCCAUUUCACAAUCACAUAGAAUAACAAGGUGUAUUAUAAAAAUAUUUGACUGUUGAAAGGUACUUAAGCAAAAUGGAGCCGACAUGGUUCAAAGCCGAACAGCCACAAUAAAAAAGUCAAGCCCUGGGACGUGCAAGACAGAACUGCAACUGUGCUUUAACACCACCUAAUGCCACAUUUCAGAGCCAUGUUACAAGUCAACGCUGUGACCGCAGCCGCCAUACAGACUUCAACUCAAACAAAUCUCAAAAAGGGAGGUGGUCAAAACAUGUUUGUACUGCAGUAGGUGUGAAAUUAGCUGUAGCACUCCGUAAACACAGCGCUUCAUGGUUUCUCUCUCUUUUUUUUACUGAAGUAUUUUGCUGUUCUUUUUACAAACUGUACUGUUUGUUGCCAUUUACUGUUCAUGUGAUUGAAGUGUGGUCUUCAGCUGUUUUUGUGCUACUUCAAAGUCAACCCUCCUCAUCCUCUCACUGCUUUCAAACGUAAGGGAGCUCUGUAGUUUUAUUUUAAGCACAAGGCGUUAAAACAUCAAUCGUGUCCUUUUUUGACGUGUUAACUCUGGGAAUAGUGGGGACGUUUGAGCAAACAGGACUAUGAGAGUAGAAGGGUUUAGCUUAGACCCACUGUUCUGGUACACUUUUCAUCAUAUUAAGGCAUGAUGGGUGUUGCAGUUCUCUACAUGAGACUACAAAACCUGAAUGAUUGGCAGCCUUUCAUUUACCACGUUGUCUGUAGUGUUUUCCAUAGCUCCUCCUCCCCUGAAAACAUAUCUGUAAACCGGUAAUUUAGGUUGAAGCACAAAGUCCAAACUUUGUAUUUUUCCCACACUCUGGUUCACAUAACUCUGCUAACUUGCCUCUCUUUUAGUGGUUGAUGUUGCCUUCAAGGACAUUCAGGAUCAGAUCACCUUACUCUCAGCACCGAACCUUAACCACUGACAACCUAAUGGCAAAUAUAAUCAAGUCAAGACCUGGUGACAACUUGAAACUCUCACACGAGUAUCUGUCAAGUCCUGUGUAGAGGGGGUGUGCCAAAACUGGGAGUAUUACAUCCGUUAACGUCAUGGGUCAUGGAGGCAUGAGUGAGACACAGCAUUUCCACAGAAAAUGUUUGUGAAACAGAAUUUAAAAAAUGUUAAAGACUUUUCCAGGUUGCAGAUUAUAAAUUGUGUAACCCCAGGAGGUUUAAGUGGCGGAUUAAGUUAUUUAUUGUUGUUAAUGACCUUCUGUGCACCAACACACUCAAAAAGAACCCGUAAGCUCUGGUACAAUCAUGACUCUUGUUUCAGGGUUGGGCCCAGUUUCAAUUCAGCAGUCCUAAACCUGCCAUGUGAUAGAAACCCUCAGCUGCCAAAGACAAAAGCAGGGCAAUGUUUGAUUUAACAUAACACUUGCAAAGCACCCGACUUGCAUGCUUACGACAGAGAAAAAACACAGAUAAAGAGUAGAGAUAUUAUAAAUUAUAAUCAAGCAAAAAAUUACCUUUUUGACCUAGCUACCAUGUCUGACUUUGUAGAACUUUUUGUGUUGAAACAACGUGACAGUCACGUUGGAGCAAAUCCAGGAAAAUUUUAAAAAUGGUGCUGUUUUUGAUGUUCUUCCCAGGUUUUGGUUGUAUGAAACAUGUUAACUGUCGAGUGAUGCCAGAGAAAUGCGUCUGAAGGAUGUAUAUGUCUUUAUAGAUGGGGUGCACACAGUCUACAAUGUCGUCCUUUUUUUAUUUCCUUCCCUCAGUUUGAAUGGGUGUCACUGCAUUCAGCUAGGAGAGAAGGAUUUUUUAAAAAAGGAAGUCAUUAUAGAUGCAUCCAUAAUUCGUGUAACGGUACGCCAUAAUAUUUUCUCUGUUAAGAAACAGUUCAGGGCAAUAGGCUGAUAUUUUUUAAUUUAUGGGAUUUCAUGUGGAGAGUAUUUUGGAAGUGUCCAUACUAGAAAGCUUUAUGUUUGCAUGUAUUUUUAAAAGUUGCAUGUAGAGGGGAACAUUUUGUUGGCCCAACAGUUUUUAUUUCACAAAAUAAAACACUUUCCUUUUUAUACCUUUUAUUAUUAUUAUUAUUACAAAUAUUAUUAAGACUUAAAUAUUCUGUUUUUCAGCUGCAGUUUUGUUUUUCUGUACAUCCACAAAUAAGCGUUCUUGUUUUUAAAAUGUAAUGUGGUGUGUGGUUUGUUUUUGCUGAUAAUAAAAAUGCAGAAGGACUCUGUACUGUUUAAACAGAA